UAUCAACCUUGAAUGCCACUCUUCAACCAUCCACGAGUGAAUUCAAGCUUAACAAUCUCGAAGAACGUAUAAUCACCAUACAGCUAUUCAACCCAGUUUAAGACGUCAAGAUGUCCAACAGCGCCGCCUAUGACAGGCACAUCACCAUCUUUUCUGACCAAGGACGGCUGUAUCAAGUUGAAUAUGCCUUCAAAGCUGUCACCGCGGCAAAUAUCAUGUCGAUCGGCAUCAGGGGGAAGGACUGCGCCGUAGUAUUAUCACAAAAGAAAGUUCCCGACAAGCUCAUCGAUCCCUCUUCCGUCUCCCAUAUCUUCAAGCUCUCCCCAUCCGUAGGAUGUGUCAUGACCGGUUCGAUCGCAGAUUCGAGGGCGUGGGUGACGAGAGCUCGUGGUGAAGCUGCUGAGUUCAGAUACAAGUAUGGAUACGAGAUGCCGUGCGACGUAUUGGCCAAGAGGUUGGCGAACAUAUCCCAGGUGUAUACUCAGCGCGCCUACAUGCGUCCAUAUGGUGUCUCAACCACCCUCGUAUCCCUUGACUUCGAAAACGGCCCUCAGCUCUACAAGUGCGACCCCGCUGGUUAUUACACCGGUUACAAGGCCACGGCAUCGGGCCCAAAGCAGCAGGAGGCUUUCAACCACUUGGAGAAGAAGCUCAAGAACAAGGAUAGCGCAGAGGGUACCUGGGAGGAGGUUGUCGAGCUGGCUAUAACUACCCUCAGCACGGUCCUCAGCGUGGACUUUAAGAAGGGAGAGUUGGAGAUCGGCAUUGCUGGCGGACCGCGUGCGGACGGAAAGGAAGGGCCCGACCCGGGUUUCAGAGCGUUGACGGAGGAAGAGAUUGAUGAGCGUCUGCAAGCCAUUGCGGAGAAGGAUUGAGGUAAUUGGGACGAGCAUGUGGAGUGAGGGCGUUAAGCCUUGUUGCCCAGUUUGCAUUAGCGCCACGAUUACAGCUAUUCAAGCAUCACGGUUACCCUUCAGCCAAUCGUUGGUUGCUCUUGCCAGAUUGGGAGGGCAUGUAAUAUCAGAAUAAGAUUCGAAAUCAAUGAAGGCGUUGCAGGCCGUUUGCUAUUGCUUCCAUUUCUUUCCACUUCCAAUAUUAGAUCCAUGAACACA